AUGCUCUCAGGCCUUCGUAACCAACACUACUACCCCUACCAACCUACUUCUAAUCUUCACGGCCCGCGUGGACUUUCGAGUCCUCUUACUCCAAGAGACAGGCUUCUCGCAUCCCUGGCAGAAGCUGAAGCCGAGUUUACUGCCUCCGAAGCUGAAAGGUUUCAGCGCGACGAGGAGGAACUCCUCCUUCGUCGUCGUUUAAAUGAGAUUCAGUCCGAGAGACGUUUCAGUUAUACCGACUGUGUCCCACGAAGCUCCUUUGAAAAUCAUUCUCCCCUCCACCGUCGCUACCCUCAUCUUGAGGACUUCGACUACGGUACUUCCCCUCAUGAUCGUCUUGCUGCCCUCCGUCUCGAACUACAGAAAGAGGAGCUAAGGAUUGCUAGGGAGAGGAAACAGGCUCGGGAGAGCGAGGCGUUGAGAAACAAGGAACUUCGAGAGGCGGAGAGGCUGACACUGUUGAGAAAGGCAGAGGAGAAUCGCCUUGAGCUGCUCCGACAGCAGCGAGAACAGGAAGAGCAGAAGCUACUCGAGCUUCGUCUCGCUCAACGACUGGUAGCGGAACAUAACCGCUCCGAUACCGAGACUGCAAGACGUCCGACUGUUCGAUAUGUAGUCGAUUCUGCCCCAAAGGAGUUGCAGCACUGUCAACCGCCUAAACGUGCCAGCUGUGGUUCCGCCAACAGCAGAAACGACUUGAAGGACGCUCAGCAAGUUUUGCAUCUUUUGUGUGGUAGCCAAAGAAAAGCUGCAGAAGAGAAGAGGUGCAAAGAAGCCCCAAUGACCACGCCCGAAGAGUUUUUCAACCUUUUGUUUGGAAGGAGCAUGCAACAAGAGCGGAAAUCGGUCACUCCCUCCACUGGCACGGGUUCGGGUGUACUGAAAGUGGUGAAACAACAGGAAUCCGUCAAGCCUACCUCGUCUUCAGAAAACACAUCCAAGGCGACUGCAUCCGCAUCCUCGAACUUGACACCUGCUGAGGAGUUCCGGAAAGUUUUACUCGAACAGAAAGGGGCUCACACGUCCUCUCAAGAUGGAAAGCACGUCGCAACUCCACAGGAUUUCUUUAACAUGCUCUUCAAUGCAUCUGCUCCUGAGAGAUCCGUCACAGGUGAAUCAUUAAACAGUACGAAAUCCUCGACUCAACAACCUACAAACACUACGAUCCCCAAUCACCCAGCCUCUCCAUCCAACCUGAGGGACCAGCUUGAAGCGAGGCUCAACAACGACGAGGGUACUGAGAUCAGAGAUACCAUUCAAGCUAUCUUAGCUUCUCUAGCCGACGCCGCCACCUAUAAAGCCGAGCCUGUUUCUGGCAACUCAAAGCCAAACCCUAUUUCCUCCACUCUCGCUUCAUCUACCGAUUCCCCUGCCGAAAGUGACAGCAAAGGCAAAGGAAAGGUGGAGACCUCACCCACUUCAUCUUCAGAACCCACUUCAAACGACGUUGUCAAGUCCAUGGAAACCGUUCACACGAUUCAAGCUGCGUUUGCCGCUCUCCAACAAGACUUCGUCUUUCCGGCCCAACUUGAUUUUACCCCUACUUCGUCAGCUGCUCCAUCCCCCGUGUCGUCUGAUACGGAAACCUCGACCCCAAGCAUCCUCAAACUGGCAUACACUUCGAGAAAUCAUCCCGUCCGCUACUAUGAACAGAGCUUGUCUGGGCUGUUGGCGCAGUUGGACGGAGUGGAAAGUUUCGGGAAUGUUGAAAUUAGGACUAUGAGGAAAGAAGUUGUUACCAGGGUUGAGGGAGCUUUAGAUGAGCUGGAGAGGGAGGUCGAGGGAAGGUGGAAGGCUCGUGUUGCGAGGCAGGAGAGGGAUAAACCAGCCUUGGAGGACGUUACUGCUGCACCCGGGGAGGGUCUUGAACAGUCCACGACCACUGAAGCAGGGUCUACGGCCUCCCCUAUUCAUAAUGCCGCUGAUGAAUCACAAACGCCCUCGACUCUGUCAACUGAGGAGAAGGCUGGUUCUCAAAGUGAGCGGGCUGUUGUGGAUGUAGGCCAGAAAGAAGUCGAGGUCCCGUCGAAGGGAAACGAUGCGGUCCACGGUGGUCGUCAUGUGGAGAAGUCGGAUGAGCUCAAGGACUCACCGGAGGUUUCUUCUGUUGAACCUGAGGGAGUAGCGGGGCCAGUAAACGGGGAAUCGGAGGAUAUUAUAUCACACAGUGUGGUAGCCUCGUCUGAUCACGAUAACGGAUUCGAAAGCACAUCGGACGUCUAUUCGUCGACUGCAUCCGACACUCAAGUUCCAUCAUUAUCAUCUUAUCCUCCUUCAAAUGAUUAUAUCCUUUUUUACCCACCAACUUCAGGGGUAGCUUCGACGCCAGUAUCCGUGGCAGCCUCUGUUGCAACCAUCCGACCUUGUGAUCUCGACAAAGAGACUACUUCGACUUCAUCCGAAGAGGAGGACGUGGAGAGGGAACAGCGGGGAAGGGACGACGAAUCCGACACUGAAGGGUUUUUACUUUCUGGAGCCUCUCCGACUGAUGAUAAGAAGAACAAGACACAAGUGGAGGUACAGGAGGAGUUUGGAAGUGAUUGGUCUGAGGUGGAGGCAUGA